AUGGACUGUGAUAUAGCCUCGUACCAUGUUGGAUCGUUCGAUUUCUUAGCUGACGAAGGUGUUCAUCUGGCUGCCAUUGAUGUACCAGCACAAAAAUUCCGACUGAAAAAUGAUGGUGCCGUCGAGAUGCAGUACACGAAAGCCGAGCUUGAUUAUCCACAUUUGGAGUCCUCUUCAGCGGUAUUAUUUCCGUUCUUUUGA